CUUUUGUGCAAUGUAGCCACUUCCAUUAUGGUGGCUUUUCCAGCUUCCCUUACAGAGGAAGAAGAGGCUUUGCAAAAGAAGUAUGCUAAGCUCAAGAAAAAGAAAAAAGCACUGCUUGCUCUCAAGAAGCAGAAUACUACCAAUCAAGCAAAUCCGAGUGGAUUAAAACGGACACUGUCAGAUCAGCCUGUUGUCGACACGGCGACGGCAACCGAGCAAGCCAAGAUGUUAAUCAAGUCAGGUGCCAUCAGCGCCAUAAAGUCAGAGAACAAAAACUCUGGUUUUAAACGUUCUCGUAUGCUGGAGAUAAAACUAAAGGACCCUGAAAAAGGGCCAGUUCCAGCUUUCCUACCAUUCCAAAGGAGCGUUUCUACAGAUGAAGAGCAACCUGAGUCUGGAAGGAGAUCCCAUAGGAAGUCACUAUAUGAAAGCUUCGUCAGUUCGAGUGACAGAUACCGCGAUGAGGAAGACGGAGGCGGAAUGUCCUCCAACCGAGAGAUGGACAGAGACCGCGAGCGAGAUCGGGAGAGGGAGCGCGAUCGCGACAGAGAGCGAGAACGGGACAGGGACCGCGAGCGGGAUAGAGAGCGAGAACGGGAGCGGGACAGAGAACGGGAGCGGGACAGGGAUCGAGAACGGGACAGGGAUCGAGAACGGGACAGGGAUCGGGAACGGGACAGGGCCAACGAACGGGAAAAGGACAGGGAAAGAGAUCGCGGCGGUGAGAUGGAUCGGGAACGUGAGGGAGACCGAGAGCGAGAUGGCACGUUCAGAAGGUCGGAUUCAUAUCCCGAGCGCAGAGUGAGAAAAGGGAAUACGGUGUACGUUUAUGGCUCAGGGUUGUCCGAAGACAGUAUGCGCUCUGCUUUUGCUCAACAUGGAAAUAUCAUCGACCUAUCCAUGGACAACCCACGCAAUUGUGCAUUCAUUACUUUUGAGAAGAUGGAGUCUGCAGACCAGGCAGUCGCUGAGCUGAACGGGAGCACAGUCGGAGACGUUCACGUUAAAGUCAGCAUUGCCAGAAAGCAACCCAUGUUGGAUGCCGCCACUGGGAAGUCCGUGUGGGCUUCUCUGGCUGUGCAUAACAGCACCAAAGGCUCUUACAGGGAUAAGAGGAACCAGGUCGUGUACAGUGAAGAUUUCCUGUAG